GUGUAAUGAAAGUUUCUGACCUGUAGUGCUUUCACUAUGCAUGGUUGGUGCGCAUGCUCACGCCUGGUUGGCUGUGCAGCAUCAUGCUUGAAGAGUCACUGCAGUGGCCCUCUCGAGCAGCGACGUAUUCAGAGUGACCAUUUUAGAUGAAAUUUGAAUGACGGAUUCCGCAAAUACUGCGGACCCUGGAGUCGUAGAAGGUUCUGCUUUGCCUCGAGAUAGUGAUUGUUGAAAUGCUGUCGAAUCUGUGUGAAGUCUAUUUAGGGUCAUGCUCUUCAAUCGUUGUUCCAGAGAGCAGUGAAAUCCCUCUGCCAGCUGAUUGUGUGAGGUAGUGACGCGCAUCUUCCCUUGACACCACGGAUAGGAAUGAAGAACUUAGAGUUAUUGUAUUGUAUUCUUUGGAACUAUAUUUUACUGAGGUCCGUUGCCGUACUAGCUUUCCCAGGUGCUUAAAGGAAGACAUGACGAGAAGCACUCUCGUCUCUAUAUUUGAUGAAGUUGUGAGCUAAAAUCUUGCGACGGAUUAUCGUUCUUGACCGUAGCUCUAUCUCGUUCUUGCACGAUUGCGAUAUCAAGUGUACUUCCGUUGUUGGUGUUAAGCGUAGUGUGGGAAACGAAGGAGAGAGAACCGGGAAGCUCUUGGGACGGUGUGAACUUGCCGCAAGAAGAUUGGAGGAGGCGGUGUGUGUUGUUGAGAAUCGCUGCACUGCACACGAUAGCGGGUGAUUUGAUGCUAGCCGUAGGGCGAAGCGAUUACGAUGAGGGUGCCUUUGAGGUGCCGGUUUAGAAGUAGGUCCAUAUUGAGCACAAGAGGAGCACUCUGGAAUGUGGGAUAAAUUUGAACAUUUUCAGACUCAUUCCGCGAUUAGUGAUAUUUUGAUGAGCCAUUUUCUUGGAAGCGGUUGAAGGAGCGUUUAAUCUGUAGCUUCUGCUGUCCUCGCGUAGUUAUAUUUCAAAUGGCUUCGAAGGAUAAUCUAGGGAGACUGGAGGGGCGUCCAGGUCCAAAAUCCUUGAGAAAGGCGUAUUGCAAAAGCCGUACCAUUGGGAUUAUGUUGCUGCUGGCUUGCAGCGCAGGACUAAUUUUGCUCUGCUUUGCGUCAGUUGACGUAAAGGUGUUCUAUGACAGUGGUGUUACUAAGGACUUUGUUUUGCGGAGGGGUUUGGAACCUAAUUCUCUAGCCCUCCAAAAACCUAAAGGAGGAAAGGGGUUUCGAGGGAUAGCUCCCAAGACAGUUGAUGUCGAUCUAGGUAACGGGAAUUCUACAGAUGUAGGAGCCGAUGAUUUACACGAAGCGGAAAUGUCUGUAGAGAAAUUAAAACCACCUCUAAAUGACAAUGAUUCUGCCGUAAUGAGUGAAGCUAAUAGCUCCUCAAUCCACACCGAUGGCGAGGGGGUUAAUCAUCCACUUCCUUAUCACAAGAAUUCCGUGGAGUUGCACUCUGAGGAUCCUGAAAGUUCUGAGGUUUUAGUGCUGGCAGCUGGUGCAGAGGCGAAGGGCAAAGCACGUCGAUCUCUGGCUGGUUGUAACCUUUAUCGAGGUCAAUGGGUGUACGAUGAGUCAUACCCACUGUACAGAUCCAGGAAUUGCCCUUUUGUGGAUAGAAAUUUUCGGUGUAAGGAGAAUGGUCGACCCGACACAGACUUUACGAAGUAUCGUUGGCAACCUGAGGACUGUGAUUUGCCCAGGUUCAAUCCUGAAGACAUGCUGGAAAGGUUGCGGGACCAGCGGAUUGUGUUUGUUGGGGACUCUUUGGGGCGGAAUCAAUGGGAGUCGAUGUUGUGCAUGCUAGCAGAAGGUGUACAGAAUAAAUCACGGAUUUAUGAGGUCCAUGGCCAGUCCAUAAGUAAGGUCGUUGGUGAGCUGAUAUUCCGAUUCGAAGACUACAACUGUACCGUGGAGUAUUACAGGGACACUUUUCUUGUUCCACAAACACGACCUCCUCCGGAUUUACCCGAAAAUGUGACGAGCGUGCUGAAGAUCGACCACGUGUCAUGGAGUGCCGGAAGCUGGCCUGGAGCCAACGUCAUGAUAUUCAACACUGGUCACUGGUGGUCAUGGGAGAAGAUUGGACGCCCAGGUGGCAGGUUUUACAUGGAGCAAAAGUUGACGACCCACAGCAAUGAGGAUGCAUUCAAAAUCGGAAUGAAAACCUGGGCGUCAUGGAUGGAACGUAAUCUCCAUCCUACGACUACUCAAGUUUUUUUUCGAAGCUUUGCGCCAGUUCAUUUUAGAGGAGGAUCCUGGAACAAAGCUGGUCAUUGUCACGAAGAGGUCAAGCCAUUCACAGACGAAGAGGUGCAGCAACUGCAGCAAGUGCCCUGGACCAACAAACUCAUCGUGGAAGCGAUCGAUCAGAACAUCAAGACAAAGAGGAGUGCCGUCGAGUACGUGGACAUCACAACCUCUACAAACUAUAGAUCCGAUGGACAUCCAGGUCUGUAUGGAAACGACGUUAAGGUGAACGGAUUUCCCCCGAAGAAUCGGCAGGACUGCAGCCAUUUCUGUUUGCCCGGCGUUCCGGACACAUGGAACGAGCUCUUGUACGCGGCGUUGCUCGCGAGGGGCCAAGGUGUGUGGGGUAAAUUUGUAUAGUACUAGUGAUUCAUUUCUUCACUGUGAGGCUCUUAUCGGUGCUGAUUGCAGCGAAACUUAGCUAGCUGCCUGCUCAUGAAGCAACGGUUCCGCAAGGUGAGAUGUACAUGGUUAGGCUUAAUCAGAUGCUUGCGUUGCUCUUGUAUGUAGAUCCUUAUCUAGUUCUGUAUUUAAGACCCAUUUUUGGUAAGACCCAGAAUCAACAACACCAAGGAAAGUGUUUUGAAAUCACGCAUUAGAACAUUGUUACAUGGGCAAGUUUUUUGGUGUUUGGUUUCUUUUUCAUUGUAUGUUUCCAAUAAGGAGGAUACGAAGGAAGAGUAUGCAUCUAAUGCCCCUAAUUCAGGUCUUCGGAGGCUGGCGGAAUAUUGUUGCUCUUCGUCUCGGUCUUUUUGGAUUGGACCGGCGUUAGGGAGUCUUAAGGUGCUUGAGACUUCGCAUGUAAGAGUUAUGUAGACCGUUAUAUCUUGUGUCAGAUGUGGAAUAAUUAGGCUCUGGUAGUACUACGAGAUCUAUUUACUAUC